AUGUCUAUGCGAGACCCUCCGCCCUCCUACGACGGUGGUUUGCGCCGCUCAAAGUCGGACCGCGCCCAUCGCCGCCCGAAACCCAGAAAGUACGUCGCGGACACCAUUGACAGGCUGGACACCAGCCCUUUCGGCGGGCCCUACCACCAUGGCGGGCCCUACGAUGCCACCAUGAAAUCCUUCAACCUCAACUCCAAAUUCUCCCCUGUCGCUGCAGUCCGCGAGAGCAACCGCGCGGCCUGGAAGGCUACCCCUCGCGAGGCAAAGCUCGACGCGCUUCUCAGAGGCAGGCCGCUCGACGCCACCGCCAGUGUCCCCCCCGGCGAGCGUGCCCUCAACGGUGAGCUCAUGGACUACGAGUAUAGCACCGACAUGCUCAGGGACCCCCUUGCCGGCGGUGGCCCCUACAGGCGGUGGCCCGGAGUGGAAUACCACCCGGACGACCUCAAGGGGAAGGGGGAGCCCGGCUUCACCUUGGACCGGGAACGGCGGGCCAAGGAGGCUAUCUCACGGUCUCAGUCCGUCCGUGAGAGGCCGGGUGAGUAUGAGUUGGUUCCCCAGCGGCCUCAUGGUGGCAGCGACAUGUCAAAGGAAUCCGGGCAGCCUGCCAUCUUGGUUCGGCAGCGGAGCAGCAGUGCUUCUGCUAGUUCAAGCCGCCCGAGGGACUUCGUCGACGGUUUGAAGAGAAGGGUCGGCAGUCUGCGGCGCAGGUAA